AUGCGUUUCCGUACGUGCGCACGCGAAAAUUCGCCGCGGACCGCCGCGCAUAAUCCGUUUCGCGACGCGUACCCCGGCCGGGGCCCGCGGAGACCGUGCCGCCGGCAGAACCCGUGCCCGGACGCCGUCGGACGCGGCUUCCCAGACCGCGGCGCGUCCGUUUCAAAUAAACCGUACGCACCAAAACAAAUAUCGCACAACAACGUUAGGCGUGUUGUUAUUGUCAUUGUUAUUAUCGCGGCGCGCGUGCGCAUAAUAAGAGUGUCUCGUUGACAACAAUAUCGUCAAGCGUGAAACGCGCGUGUGUACAAAUACAAAUAAGACACGCGGCUUAUGAACGGCCCACGCGACGCGCGUACCCUACCGCGCAGGGGAAAUACUCUCGUUUCGCGCGAUAUGGCCGUACGCAAUUUAUUACGUAGCCCGGCCGACGAUUUAUUCGACCGUCGCAGAAACGAUGGGUUUUUUUUUUUAUUAGAGCUCCGCGACGACUCAAAUACGAAAUCCGUGGGCGAAUUCAACUGUAACGUAGCUGUAAUAUAA